CUGAGUGUUACCCACAGUGCACUGGGUCACUGAGAGAGCGCGCGUUGAAAGUACUGCUGUGGUUGAAAACAGCUCGGAGGACGAAAGGAGACUAAUGCAUGAGGGUAGAAACAUUACGGUUUCUUUGAACUGCCCAGUCGCUUCACAGUUCUGUUCAGCAUCCUGUUGGGACUUGGACCACUGACAUGGCUCCAUAUAAACUGCUGACGGCCACCGUUAGCCUAAUGGCUAGGCCAUUCACAUCCUUUUUCGCAAACACGCCUGCAAGAUGCACCAGCAUUGUCUGCAGUGCAAAUAUCAACCCAGUGAAGUAUUUGACCUCGCAGAUCAGUGGCCCACCAAAGAGACCUCUAAAUGGAUAUAUGAGAUACGUUCUUCAGCAGAAACCAGUCGUGACCAGUCAAGAUCCAGAGAUCAAGUUGGUGGAUGUAGUCAGAAAGAUCGCCCAGCAGUGGAGAAUGAUGAGCCCAGAGCAGAAACAGCCUUUUCAAGAGGCCUCUAACCAGGCCAUGAAGCAGUUCAAGGUGGACCUUCAGAAAUAUCAGGCCCAGUUGACACCGGCACAGCUUCAGCAGCAAGUUAUGGAAAAAAGGCAGAAGAGUGCUAAAAGAAAGGCCAUUCGGAAAAAGAGGGAAUUGACCGUCCUUGGAAAACCUAAAAGGCCUCGAUCUCCUUUCAACAUCUUCAUGUCGGAACACUUUCAGGAGGCCAGAGGAGCCACGACCCAGGCCAAAAUGAAGUCUCUUUUGGAUGAUUGGAGGAAUCUGUUCAGUCAUCAGAAACAGGUCUUCAUCCAGCUGGCUGAGGAUGACAAAAUUCGUUACAAGAAUGAGAUAAAGUCAUGGGAGGACCACAUGGUGGAUAUUGGACGAGAAGAUCUGAUCCGGGAGCAGACCCAGCCAACAAAGAAAAAGCCCUCUGCUGCAAAGAAAGAAACAAAGAAGACCACCGCUAAAUCCGUUAAGAAGCCCACUCCUGCACGAAAGUCCAAAGCCUCCAGCAAGACAAAACGGAGUAUUUCAACAAAAACUGUGAAAAAAGGAUCUUCUAAAAAAGUCUCAUGUGAUUAGAGGCGAGUCCAAACAGCUGAAAGUAGAUGUCCUGAUCCACCGUUUAGUUCUGCUUGGUUCUUUUCACAGAAUCAGGCAGCAAAACUGACUCCUAUACUCUCAUGUUCUAGUUUUUGUUGAGGGACAACAAAUAAACCUUAACUUUCAUAAGUCUA